AUGUACGAGCUGGACCACGAGGUGUGCUCUGAGACGGACAACCCAGUAGAGGCCGAUGAAAGGAGGGAGUGUAUCGAGCUGUUGGAGGCGAUGCUUCAGUGGGAUGAGAAGGACAGAAUCACCCCCAGUGGUAUCCUCAACCAUCCCUUUAUCACCAGAAGCUACCUCAACAGCAGCUCCCCCACCAGCAGUUGUGAUGAACCUAAACCCUCCACCAGCAUGUCCAUCAUGGGUAAGCCUGCAGACCCUGAAACCAGAAGUAACCUGACAGGCUUGCCUGAUGAGGACAGUGACCUUGAGGAGAAGAACAGAGAAAACAUCAAGGCUGAGAGGGAAAAGGAUGGUUAUCCUGAGAACAUCCAGGACAGGAAGAACAGUGAAGACAAUAAGAAACCUGUCAAACAGGAGAUCAAUGAGUGUGAGGACACCAAGGAUAGUGAUGAUGAAGACACUGAGGCCAGUGUCAAUCAUGAAGAUGCUGAGGACAUCAAGGACAGUGGUGAUGAUAAAGACACUAAGGCCAGUGACAAUCACGAAGAUGCUGAGGACAGUGAGAAGGAGCAGAGCAAGGCAAAGAAGAAGAAGAACUGCUUCCAACGCGUCUUCUCUUGGAUAAAGAAGAAGUUCUGCUGCUGCUGCUGUGUGUCUGAUGUCAUGGACUGAGCAGCACUAAUGGAAUGGAUUCACUUUCAGACUCACAGUUUGUGACCUCAGUAACCUUCAGGAUUUAUUGUUCUCUUGAGUUUUCUGUCUACUGUGCUGAUCUCUUUCUUGUCUACCCUCAGCCCAACCGGUCGAGGCAGAUGGCCUUCUUCUGCAACUUGGUGGCAACACCUUUGACCAAUCACAUUUGAAGCA